UAUUCGAUCACUUUUAUCUGAGCAAAGAUAUUUUCUUGUUUGACCUCUGCUUCCAGGGUUUUAUUCCCCUCUGCUGUAGCACAGACGUCUCUGAAUUCAUGGGCUGAUCACUCAUCUCCUCCUCAAAUUAGCUCUUUACAAAGCCCCUUUUACUCAUAAUCUGUAUUUUCUCUCGUCAGGAGGCCUUCAGCUCGAAUCACAGUGCCAGCAGCCCUGAUUAUUUGUUACGGUAUUUUAGGGGAUUUUACAAUGCCUGCAGCUUUUUGCGGGUGUGCUCGAAUCCCCCUGCAGGGCUUGUUUGUCUACGGGAGCGUUUCUUCUCAUCGUCUGAAACAGUGGGAAAAUUGGAACAAGCGUAGUGCUAUUACUAGUAGUAGUAAUUAACCCUUUAUUUGCAUCCAGUUUUGACUAAAUAUGGCCGAUCCUUUGAUCUUUACAACCAAUUUAUGAUUUGGGGUUUCUGCUCUUUAAAUCUGUCUACGACUUUUUUGGACUUGCGGAGCGAGGGUUUUGUCGGGUGCACAUACAGGCCCUGUGGUUUUAUUGACGGCAAAUAGUUAGAUUACAGAGUGGAUUUAGUUUUGUGGAUUUGAGUUCUGAGAUCUGUACAAUUCCCCAGGCGGUUGAUAUCCUGUAGCGGUGGAGUACUUGUGAUUGUGAAUUGCUGUGGGGGUCAGUAUCACAUAUUAUCUGCAGGGUUUUGGUAGUUGUCUGCAGAUUUUUCUGUGAGAUAAAUGAUUGCUAUGAAAAGCAGACUAUUUUGAGUGUCCUGAUAAUGGCAAUUUGAAUUUGGAGGAGAGUUUGAAUCAGUUUUUAAAAUUUUCAUCGCUGCAGCUGAAAUCAAGACUAGUAACUCAAUAGUAGACUUAAACUAUCUUUGUAACAUAUGCAACAGUAUGAGCAAUCUGAUUGAAGAGGGUUUGAAUGUAUGUAGUAUAGGGGAUGAUGUUGAUGGGUUUAUUUUAAAGAGUGAGAUUUCUCUAGUUGAAGAGUUGAGGGAUGCUUUUGAAGCAGGUUUGAAUUUUGAUGUCACAGAGAAGCCAAUUGGCAAUGCAAAUCAGCGGGACAAGGUGUGUGCUUCAUGCACAAAUGGGAAGGAACAAGAGCAUAAAGGAUGCUCUAGAAGUCUCAAACCAAUUGCUGUUACCAGUAAUGGUGAAUGCUCACAAAUAGAAGAGGGGAAAUCUGCCCUAGAUUCAGUUGAGUUGAAGUUGUGUAAGGCUUUAAUAAAGUGUGCAUCAUUUCCAUGCUCCGUACAUUCAACUGUAUCUUCUCAUCAUGUGUCUAAUGAGGAUUCUAGUGAGGCUGAGAGUGAAAUCUUGGAUGGCAAGCAACGACUUGAACUGAAGAACUCACUCCAUGGUCGCACAUUUUCUCUUCCUUCGUCAGUCCAAUUAAUGCCAGCUAUAAGAGGGGGUCAGGAGCGAAGCGGUUUGGGACCUCGACCAAAGCUAUCUGUGAAGUGGGCACCGGAUGUACAAGAGCCUCAGCAAAGUUCCGUCUCCCAUACUAUCAAAAAUUCCAGGCAAUUACAUUCAAAAAGGAAGGAUAAGAAACAUAAGCACAGAGGAAAAUCAAGUCAUACAAGUGAAAGCAGUAAAAAUUCCAAGAAGCGUCAUUCCAAGCGAAUUUAUAACAGUGAGAGUAUUCAUUCAAGAUUGCAGCCUCCAGCAUAUGGUAAUAGCAUAUUGUUAGAUGCUUGGGAUUCAAGAAAUCCGAGGAAUUCUAUGUUAGUGCCUGGUAAGACUCAACUUAUAGGGUUGGGUACGCCUAUUUUUGACAUGCAGAAAGGAAAGGAUGACCUAUCGCUCAAUGUGCAUUCUAAGCAUUUCUGUGAACAAAGGGAAAGUGACUUCUUCGCUAAAGGGUUGUCGGAUAUGGAUUUUAUAUCUCAAGGAUUGAAAUGUGCUAGUUCUUUCAGGUACAGUAUUCAGGGUAAAAAUCUUUCAUGUACAGAGGCUGCUUGAAAGUAUUUGGGUGGUUCUGCGCUCGUCCCAGUGCUGAAAUAAUUUUGUGCUCUAUAUUGUAAUUAUGUUGUUGGAUAUUUUUAGUUUUAUUUUCUGAAACAUCAAACUCAACAACAUGACGACGUACAUCUCAGCUGUCAUAAAGAGUAAUGGUUUGCACCCGAAAUAAGAGAGUAAUGGUUUGUGCAUUAAAUCAGGAGGUAAUGGUGUCGGCUCUAAAUAUUUGCUGAGUAAAUAUUCUAACAAGACAAUAAGCCACAAAUUCUCGAGUCACCGACUGUAUAGUUAUUUGACCAUCUUGUAUUUUAUUUGAUUGAAUGGUUUUGCUUUUGUAUGA